CUUCCAUCUUUUUCUUUCUACUUUAGAGAAUCUAGAACUGGUUCUGGUGCAGUAGUCGGAUGGCCACCUAUUCGAUCAUUUAGGAAGAAUCUUGCUAGUAGUUCUUCCAAACCGCCGCCAAUUGAAUCUCAGAAUGGAGGUUCUGAAACCGAAGCAAAGACUGAAAUUUGCAAAAAGAGCUCCUUUGUAAAAAUCAACAUGGACGGGAUCCCCAUUGGAAGAAAAGUGGACUUGAGCGCCUAUGAUAGCUAUGAGAAACUCUGUUCUGCUGUAGGAGAACUCUUUCAAGGACUUCUUGCAGCUCAAAAGGAUCCUGCUAUUGCUGGAGGUCAAGUUACUGCUGAACAGAAAAAGGCAUUUACAGGGUUAUUGGAUGGAACUGGUGAUUAUACUUUGGUUUAUGAAGAUGAUGAAGGGGACAGGAUGCUUGUUGGGGAUGUUUCAUGGGACAUGUUUGUUUCUACUGCCAAGAGAUUGAGGGUGCUGAAGAGAUCUGAGCUUUCAACAGCUUUGGGAACGACCAGCAGGAAAAGAACAGCAACUGCGUGCUGAACUGAGUGAAUUCUGGAUUAUGAAUUAGACAACACUUCCCUUCUAGUGUAAGAUCUGUGAGUAGCAACUUGAUGGUUUUUACUUACCCUCCUUCACCUCGAAGACUUGAGGUCGAGUUUCGAGCUAUUCCCUUUAGGUUUGUAGACGUGAAUUUUAUUGACCGAGACUAAAUUAGCAGAAUAGUGGAAUUAUAUGUAAAAUGUAAAUCAGCUCAUGGUCUUUUGGGUUGUACUGGUGUUGUAUGGUGUAUGUCAUGAAAACCUUGGUUUCAUAUUUUGAUGAUGGUUUGUUUAUUAUUUUGUUUUUC